UCCUAUCCUACCAUGGACUUUUCAAAUAAGAUGUGAUAUUUUCAACGAGGCCUUUACCAUAUAACUGUUCCCAAGUCUCACGGAAACAUGGUAGGCAAGCCAAGUUUUAGGCACGGCAAAGUGCAGCUGUCCUCGCUCCAGGCGGAUUUCGUCGCUGCAACAGGCGAAUUCGUGGGGACGUUCUGGUUCCUGUUCUUCGGAUAUGCUGGUCACCUAAUGGUCCUUGAUGAAGCCGCAACAGCGACAAACUUGGGCCCAUCGGCGAUUAUAUAUAUUUCGCUUGCAGAUGGGUUCUCUCUUCUCGUGAGCGUAUGGUCAAUGUAUAGGAUCAGUGGCGGAUUUUUCAACCCAGCAGUCACGUUCGGAUUAUCCCUAUGUGGACGUCUGCCUUGGCUGAGGACUGCUAUCUUCAUCCCUUCACAGCUGUUGGCAUGUAUUUCUGCUGCUGCUGUUGUGAAAGUCCUCUUCCCUGGCAAUAUCGGCUCGUUAAACACGGCAUUGGCACCCGGUGUCAACGUGGCACAGGGACUAUUUGCUGAGAUGUUCUUCACCUCAUACCUUGUAUUCGUUGUAUUGAUGCUCGCGGUUGAGAAAUCGCGGGAUACUUUUGUAGCACCUGUGGGGAUCGGACUGGCCCUAUUCGUGGCCGAGAUUCCAGGGGUAUAUUUUACUGGGGGUUCAUUGAAUCCAGCGCGCAGCUUUGGAUGUGCCGUCGCAACUCCUCGCUUUCCUGGCUAUCAUUGGAUAUACUGGGUUGGGCCGGGUUUAGGCGCAGCCUUAGCUGCGGCAUACUACCGAUUUGUGAAGAUGUGCCACUAUGAGGAAGUCAAUCCAGGACAGGACGCAUCCAAUUCCGAGGAGUAUAUUACGGCGGUUUCGAAUGAAGGACAGGAAGUUAACGGGGUCAAUCGAGUAUAAAAGGGACUAUGCGGCUUGUGGUGAUUGUCAUGAUGCUAACCAUGCGCUAUGUACACUAUACUAUGUAAGGCAGCUUUGGCGCAGAGACGGGCGCGGAUUGCCGGCCCCCAAAUCCCACCAUUACCAGUUGAUUUCGCAAAAGUAACCUUGGAAAUGAUUCAUCUGUAUACUGUUGGCUCUCUCACCGUGGCUAUGUCGAUUUGAUGACUGCUGUGAGUCAAAGCUGAAGGGGUGGAGAUGCACGGACCAGCCUAGACGAUGCUAGG